UUCUCCGUUGCACCGAAGCAACAUUCACAAACAUUACCAUCGUCCCAGUUUCUGUCUUGCCAUAACCGAGAUGCAAUGUUUCAGCGUCACGAUAAAACUGAAUGCAUGAUGUGUUUUGUUUGUCUAUUUAGUGGAUAAAGGAGAAGAACAUUCCUCGUUAGAGUUGUAAUAUUCCUCCUGCGUCUGCCCGUAGGCACUGAAGAAAACGUUUCUUUUGGUGAUUGAGACGAAUUCACCAGCACGGGCAACAGAUAGUUGCGAGCUCCGGCCGUUUACCGCUCUGAGUACCUGAGUGAUCGGAUCCCCGAUAAUCAUCCCUAACAUUCUCCUCGUGGACUGUCCAUUCAGCACUUAGAUGGAGUAUCCGAGUCGCAACCCCUAUCAUGAUACCACAGGUUCUUCUACUUCCUAUCGUGACAGUAUCCUUGCUGAUAGCAGGAGUAUGGAUACUGCUGAUAGCAGGAGUAUGGCUACUGCUGAUCAUGUGGACAAGCAUGUAUCCACACCUACUGAGGAGUAUGCAGCCAGACAGGAGAAUUGGAGCGCUGAUACUCACACGCAAGUGGAAGAAUCCCAGGCCGAGAAUGGACAGGGGCAAUUGCACGUUCAAGCACUGAGGAAACGGCAAAAUGUGCGCUCAGACCAAGCCAGCACGCAAAUGGUGUUUGAAGUGUUCGAGUGGACAACCGGCACGUUGGAAAUCUUGGAGCGGCUGGAGUACCCAGAGCAGUUUGAGAGGGAGCAGAUUCCAUUCUCACCGGAAGCACAAAAAAUGCUUGAUAACUGGACCAAGGGUGGAGAAGCCAUUUCUGUCAAAGGGACUGUCCACCAGGCCAACGUGAAUCUUGUUCUCAUGCGGGCGCAAGUCAUAAGCUGUAAUCCAGCUAUCCGUGACCAGGUGAAAACCGAGCUGAAAAAGAGACUUGCUCUCUGGCAGGAAACUGGCCUGGAGCUGAAGAGCAACGUGUCCAAAGAGCUCAUCAAGCAGCUGUUUCUCGUUCUGGACGGCAAUAAGCCCGAACAGAUUGUGCCACCCGACUCACAACCAUUAGUGUUUGAUGAUACAGGCGACACUGCUUCACUCUCCAAGACAAUGUCAAAUGUCUUCGGAACAUACCAGAGAGGCGCGCAAAAAACAGACCAGGUAGAGAGAUCAUUCCGAGAGGACCCUAACAAGAAGGCCAGAAAGCCAAACCUCAGGAAGAAUACCCAAUACUACGACUUCAAAUGACCGGUUUCCAUCCUACUUUAAGUAGUCCUACGAGGAAAACAUGAACUCCUUGAAGAACACUGACCAAUGUGCUGUGUAGCAAAUAGGUAGGGACUAGGCUCUGUGCCACUGUCUUUUAUUUCAUGUCAUGUCACGAUUGCAAAUAGCGCCAGUAGGUAGGUAAUACGCUAUGUGCCACAGCUUUGUGUUUUUGACUUGGGUUCACUAACUUUUUUUGUUUGGCAUUGAACAGUUUUUGGUUUGCAUUGCACUGUUUUUUGGUUGCAUUUGAUACAAACACCGUCUGCAUCUUUGAAAACCCUCUUUGUUGGAACGUUCUCCAUUUGUUAGUGUUUGUCUUCGUUUAACAUGUAUAUUACUCAGUAUGUCGUAAUUGGACACUGCUCGCUUAUUCUUACCUUGUGCGUUUUCACUAUUUGUAACGUGGCUCCUCUGCUUCAGUUUUCGUUCUAUCUCUCUGGCAGGGGCAGCCACCACCCGUCUGGUGGGUGCCAGCAUCCUCCGGCAGUUGCGCUGGGACUCUACGAUACAUUCUUGUUCUUCGCCUAAAUCUGCCUUUCUAGUUCUUUCUUUGUUUGAAUUAUUAUUUUUUGCCUCUUGGGGCACUCGCUUUUGUGUAGAUUUGACCGUUUUGCAUGUCCGCGCGAGUACAGAUGACAUCAUGCAUUAUUUUCUGUCACGUGUUUUGCUUUGCGCGUGUCGUUCAAGAUGUUUGAACUGCGCCCGCUGGCCGAUUCUC